AGUCUGGAGAGAGACUCCAUUUCAGUAGCUUGUUUGAAGAGAAGGCACAGGAGAGUUCGAAAUGAAGACGAAGGAGCGAAAUGAAGAGAAAGAGAAGAAAAGGAAAGGAAAAUUUUGGAUAUGGAUGAUUUUAUCAGUGAUUUUCCGGCUCAUUCUGAUAUAUUUCCCCAAUCUGAAUCUGUUUUCUCGACCCGAAGUCUCCACACCUCUGACCAGCAUUCGUCGAUUGGCUGAGGGUUACUGGUUGAAGCAGUCGUCAAUGUCUCCCUACGCAGGAUCUAUGUACCAUGGCUCUCCUAUGUUACUGUCUCUUCUUGGGCCACUGACUGUAAAAAGUGAUCUAUUUUGUGGUGAUGCAGAAUUGAAGGGCAACCAGACCAUCUUUUAUGCAGAUGUUUUGAGCGCGCUGCUUAUUCGUGCAAUUGGUCAGAAUCUUCAGAGGGCAUACUAUCAGAGUUUGAGAUUGCUAAAGAUUAACCUAUCAAAAAAUUCAGAGAUCUUCCCUGCUGGGGAUAUUGCAUCUCUUGUGUACUUAUGGAAUCCUUUCACAAUAGUUGCAUGUGUGGGUCUAUCCACAUCUCCGAUCGAAAAUCUAGCAGUUGUGCUUACUCUCUUUGGAGCAUCUAAAGGACAAGUUUCGUUGGCUGCAUUUGGAUUUGUCAUGGCAACUCAUCUAUCUCUUUAUCCUAUAAUUUUGAUAAUUCCGGUAGUACUUCUACUAGGUAAUGGCUUAGAUGCUCCUCCUAGGAAAUUGUUCUCGCAAAAGAGUUGUAGUAGAGGCGUUGAUGGACCUUCAAGUGAUAGCUGUAGUCGGCAAGAAGAAAUGAUCAAUCAGCCUGAGCCAAACAUUUUCUCAUUGAGACCAGUUAUAUAUUUCUUGUUGUGGGUUUCUUUAUUUUCUACGUAUCUGCUGCUUCUUUGCGGUGUAUCUCUUAAACAGUUUGGUGGGCUCUGGGAGAUGUUUAGAAGCACAUAUGGCUUUAUUCUCACUGUGCAAGAUUUGUCUCCAAAUAUAGGGGUUCUAUGGUACCUUUUUGCAGAAGUGUUUGAGUUCUUCAGGGAUUUUUAUUUAAUAGUCUUCCAUAUCAAUAUUUUGUUUAUGAUAAUGCCAUUGUCCAUACGGCUCCACCAUCGACCCUUGUUUCUGGCUUUUGUGCUUCUUUCCGUCUCUGCAAUGUUGAAGUCUUACCCUUCGGUGGGGGACUCGGCUCUGUACUUAAGUUUUAUGGGAUUGUUUGUAGAUGAAUUAGUUGACUUGGAGUUCUCCUUCUUCCUAUUCUGCGGGUAUAUUGGGAUUUCCCUGCUUAGCCCUGUAAUGCACAACCUUUGGAUAUGGAGGGGGACUGGCAAUGCCAAUUUCUACUUUGCAAAUGCAAUGGCCUAUGCUUGCUUCCAGAUUGUUUUAGUGGUUGAGAGUGUAAGUACAAUGCUGAAUCACGACCGGAAACUAAGGAAGCUGUCUGCAGUGAAGCUUUCAUAAUAGCUUAGUCAUAGAUAGCACCAAAACAACCUCAAAGAAAGAUCAUCUCAGGCUGCUCGAUUUCAUUGGACAACUUUUGAGUUCCAGAGAUUCAAUUUCCAUGUAGAAUCAAAAUCAACCUCGGGACUGCUGUGGGAGACAUUAUGUCAUUUGUAAAGUCACUGAAAGUUUUGUAUCUCUCUCAUUAUGUCUCUUUUUUAAAAGGAAAUUUCUCAAGUCCUUUAAUCUUGAAGUUUUAAUUUUACCAAAUUGAGAUAAAUGGUAAUAUUGAAUUAUUCAUCAAUAUAGAUAUUAUUUGUCUUGAAA